AAAUAAUUUGAGGGAUGGUCUGUAUCCACGCGUUCACGCUCACAUUGUUGGCAUGCCUGGUGGUGUUGGUUGUAUCGGACGAGUCUUGUACUGAUCUCUACCCGAGAAGCUGCAAGAAAUGGGAGAAAAAGGGCUUCUGUGAAAUUGAAAAACACAGACCAGCAUUGCGGGAGAAGUGCAGGAGGACCUGCAACUUUUGUGCAGUUUCCAGAUGUUUUGAUCUGGUGAAGACAGAUAAGUGUGAAGAGUGGCUGAACCUGGGUCUCUGUGAGGAGGGAAAAGUUAGUGAGAUGUGUUCCAUGACUUGCGGAUCUUGCAGUUCUGACGAUGACCAAAAGUGCCCGACCCUAUCGAUCAGAAACGGUCGUUUUCCUUCUAUAGAAGAAGCAUAUUCAAAGCAGAAGGGCAACUUACGUGUUGAUAUAAGUGGAGUAAUCACAGCCGGAACUGAGGUUCGGAUAGAGUGUGACACCGGAUUCCAACUGAUGGGAAGUAGCCAAGUUCAGUGCCUUGAGAACGGCCAAUAUGACGGAGAACUUGGUGUUUGCAUCAGGGAUAACGAAUGCGAAGUGCCUACCUACGGACAUACAUACAACAAGUUGGACAGAUACUUCCUUGUCAGUGAGCCUAUGGGUCUUGAAAAGAACACAGUUUCUCCUGGAACCUACGCUAUCUUGGUUUGUCAGAACGGACGAAAACAACAGAGUUUCUGCUCAAGUUUUGGAACCUGGUUGCCUCCUAUCAGGGACUGUGACGACGAAUCCGCGGAAUGGAGUCGUUGGUACGAGCUGAAUACAAUCAGCAAGCGUCAUCACCUGGCCGGAUCUAUGGAUAUGGAGUAGGGAACCCAAUACAGGAUACAGGAUACAGGAUACACCGGAGUAGUUAUGGUCGGAUGGAGUAGGUAACAACUCCAGUUUCUGAGCGAUCUGAAUUUCUUUUUAUGCCUCGAAUAGUGCUAAGCGAUCUUUGCUUAAAAGUGCUACAUAACCCAAAUAACUAUAAGCAAAGAAGUGUAAAAAUUAAACCUCGAAUAUACAGUUGAUCAAAGAAUGAGAAAUAAAGAUAUUAUUAAGCGUAAUGUAUAAGUGGAAAGUUAUAAAAUUAAAACGUCAUUCAUUAUUUAAACAACUCUUCAAUCUAGUUUAUUUAGCAAAUUCCCAAUAAUAAAUUGUAGUGACUGACUCUCAGACAUAGAUGAUAAUCUAGAGAUUUAUUAGUGCUUUUUUAUUAUUCCUGUUUUUACUUUGUUAUAUCUUCUAAGUCGACCCCUUGCAAUUUUUGAUACGAUGAUUCUUGACUUGAAAGUUGAUGAUACAUUUAAAUUUGAGCCAUUAUUGUUAUUUAAAUCUUGCGUUAAAUAUUUUUAUUGUAAAAUAUGGGAUUCUAUCUGAUGACAUUGAUGUAUGAUUAUGCUAUAUUUUCUUUUUUAUUCUAUGAAUGUUACCGUUUCAAUCUCAAUGUGAAUAUGAGACGCCUAAUGCACCGGAAAAAGAUUUGCUAUGAAAUUUGCAAAGGCAGCUCGUGAGGGCGUCCGGCCGGUGACACCCUAAAAGUACGACCUGAUCACCUGAUGUCUGAAGAAAAGAAAAUUGUUUGCUUUAGUGAAUUAGUGGUGAGGCUCUUUUCUUUACUUUUCAGUAUUUUGCUUGUUAAACUUACAGUCCGUA